AUGGUCUACUGCGGCAAGCCCUCUAGGGGCUGCCAGAUGUGCAGAGCCCGAAGAAUCAAGUGCGAUGAAACGAAACCAACCUGUAAUCAAUGCGCCAAAUCCAGGCGACAAUGCCCUGGCUACAAGGACGAAUUCGAUCUCGUCUUCCGCAAUGAGACACAGGCAACUGAACGAAGAGCUCGCAAGGCCAGCAAGAAAGCCACGGCUCAGAAGCAGGGUAAACCUUCAAAGGCUGUAGCUAUUCACAAACCAACACCCGAUCAGUCUAUCAUAUCGACUCUUCAACUUCCGGUAGACCAGCAGGCAACAUGUCACUUUCUAUCGAACUUCGUUCUGCUACCUUCUCACGAUAACACGCGUGGAUGGAUGGAAUUCGUUGUGCCUCUCCUUAAAAGCGAGAAGCAAGCGUCCCAUUUCAAGCUAGCGUUUGAUGCAUGUGCUAUGGCAUCUCUGGGGAACCGUGUCGGUUCAGGUUGCAAUUUCGAGAACAAGGCUUUAGGAUGUUAUACGAAAGCACUUUCCGCCACGUUCAGCGCUCUGAAGGAUCCGGUUCUAUCUAAAGAGGACUCAACUUUGGCAGCUGUGCUGCUUUUGGGACUUUUUGAGAACAUCACAGCAAAACAAUUGGGAAUGCUCGCUUGGGGAUCUCAUAUUGAAGGAGCUAUUCAGCUGGUUAAGUCGAGAGAUAGGAAGCAGUUGCGAACGAAAACAGGCCUGGCUCUUUUUGUAGCUACAAGGACGCAAAUGAUCAUUCACACUUUGACCACAGGCACACCCCCGGCUAUGGGAGUGGAAUGGUGGAUUACGGACAGCUACAAGAAUCAGUACGGAGCCGAGUGUCAGCGACUUAACAUCCGUACAGCGGAGCUUAGAGCUGAGUCUAAUCGCUUGAUGGCGUCCCUGGGCCGCAGCCCCGAGAACAUUGAGCUGCUUCUGGAUAUUAUUCGUCGAUGUCAGACUCUCGAUCAGCAACAUGUGGCCUGGGCGAACCAGUUGCCCGAGUACUUCCACUACAAAGCUGUGGCUUGGGAAGACAAUGUUCCCAGUGGAAACUACGGCAUGGCUGAGGUUUUCCCAGGACGAAUAGACGCAUAUCAGGAUCUAUGGGUUGUCAGCGUAUGGAACUUGAUGCGUUGCUCUCGCAUCAUUCUCGCUUCACUGAUUGUUCGCUCCGCGAGAACAUGUGUUGAUACCAUCACGGAUAUCAUUGCCUCGGUGCCCUACCAGCUCGGCUGGUUUUCUAGUCGCAGGGAGCUUCUUGAGCGUGCUAACCUGUCCGCGUUUGGCUGUGGAGAGGAAGAUGCCCUAAAAGGUCUGCCAGGAUAUUUCCUAACUUGGCCCCUGACUUGUGUCCAGGGUCAAGAUUAUACAACUGAUGCACAGAGAGCAUGGGUCAAAGGUCGACUUGAGUUUAUUGGUAAUCAUCUCGGUGUUAGGUACGCCAAUGUGCUUAAACAACUCAAUGUUCGUGUUCCGUCAAUGCUCAUCCGCAGGGAUGGCUUAAUGGCUAGCCCGUACCCUGGCUCCUACAACUUUGAAAAGCUCUUAUCUUCCAAGACGGCACCAGCUAUGGCAGGAUAUUCUCUGAACCCAAUUCAACAGCAUGAAGCUAUGCAGAAGGAGAGAGCUGAGAAACAGAAAACUGAGCUGCUGAGUAAAGCCAGGGGGUCCUUACCAAAUAACGAGAGGGUGGCCGACGGCCUGUUGCAGUUUCAGAGUUGAUUAUGGGAUACCGGAGAUAUAAUUUUGAAAACAUCUCAUCUUCAAAUAUGCCAUAUAGACGAUAAAAAAGGUUCUGGAUAACCUAUCAAAUAAGAGAGGAUGGCUGGUCCUGAUUAAGCGUGGUUGAGCUUUAGUCUAUAUGUCGGCAUUACAAGCCAUUAUUGGAUUGGAUAUCCAACCAGGCGUUCAAAAAUUACCAUGAAUUUGUUUGAUCCGAGCUCGAUUGUGCCAUUGCAGAUCCGAUACUCGAAACGAAAGUGUAGGGGUUUGGCUGGUGCUUUUUUGGAUAUGCUAGACGAGUGGAUAUCCAUGGAUGGUUUCAUGGGGUGUUAUGGUUGGGAAGUUUGUGAUCACGGGAACGUUUUCAAGUGCAAUUUGCUGUAUUAUAGAGUAAUCUUGCAACCGGAUAUCUGGCGUAAUAUGAAUCAAGUUUGAAGAAACUGUCCCAGCGAAAGAAAUUCGUCGAAUAGUCCUAUGGAUGUGUGCGUGCGUGCUA